AUAGAUUCCAAGAAAGAAAGAAAACCUUUGGAGUCGGAUACCACAUCUUUCACAUAACACAAUCAUGACGAGCAAACCAAAACUGAAUAUCCCUUCGGGAUCCAUCGAGGUUGGUGUGAAGCUCAUCAAUCCUGUCAACUUUGGGCCUGCGAUCAUCGAACGGUUUAUGGCUCCGCCAGUUCCCGGACUGUCACAAUUCAAGACAUCGCCAUCAUUUUCAUUCUUGAUCGAGCAUCCCUCAGGACGGAAGCUUGUAUGGGAUCUCGGCAUUCGAAAGGAUCAUCAAAACUAUUCAAAGAAAAUAGCGGACUACAUACCUACUACCAAGUAUGACAUUCAAGUUGAUAAGAAUGUCGUAGACAUUCUACAAGAGCAAGGAAUUAGCCCAGAAGAAAUUGAAGCAGUCAUAUGGAGCCAUUGGCACUGGGACCAUAUCGGUGACCCAUCUACAUUUCCAAGCAAAGUAGAUUUAGUGGUUGGGGCUGGUUUCAAGCAGGCCAUGCUUCCUGGUUAUCCUGCAAACCCUGACUCCCCAAUUCGAGAGAGCGAUUACACCGGCAGAAAUCUCCGCGAAAUUGAGUUUGAGAAAGGGGGCCUCAAGAUCGGACAAUUUCCAGCCUUCGACUAUUUUGGCGACGGAUCUUUCUAUCUUCUGGACAGCCCAGGGCAUGCCAUCGGUCACCUGUGCGGUCUUGCGCGUACAACAUCGAGUCCUAGCACAUUUGUUCUCCUUGGGGGAGACAUUUGCCACUAUGCGGGAAUCUUUCGGCCCUCGAAGCAUUUACCAGUUCCGGAAUCAAUAUCACCUCAUCCCUGUCCAUCUCAUUCCCACUCUAGCUCUCUCUUCUGCCCAGGAAGUGCAUUUAAUGACUUACAACAGUCUAGAGGCCGAGCUCCAACAGACACGCUUUAUGACAUGACAUUUGGACAUGAUGUUCCAUUGGCAAUAAAUACAAUGGGAUGGUUGCAAGAGCUAGACUGCGACGAAGACAUCUUCGUCAUUAUCGCGCAUGACUCUACGGUUAGAGAUGGCGUCGACCACUUCCCAAACAGUUUGAAUGGCUGGAAACAGAAUGGCUGGGGCAAAUCUUUGAAAUGGGCUUUCUUUCGUGACCUGGAGAUAUAUUGGAAAGUGAAAGGGGUGGUUUAG